CUAGGGCCACUCGCAAGUUUCCUGUCUGGUAGAGCUCUAGCCCUGCCCAGAGACGGAGGCAGCAGAGCUGGCCGGCAGGCAGGGGAGGCAGAUAGGGCCCAGGAAACAUUUUCUGCCUAUUUGACAGGCAGACGGACAGACGGCAGGACGGAUACACGGGUGGGGGCUGUGCUAGGCGGCUCGGCGGCAGGCUGGUGGAAGAUGUCGUCAGGAGCCGGUGGGAGGGGCGGAAGGCGGCUCAGGGGAACGGCAAGCAGCGGCGGUGGAGGAGGGAGAGGAGGGGCAGGAGAAGCAGAGGAAGGCCCCGUGGGGAUCCCUUUCCCUGAACACAGUGCAGACAUCCUGGGUAGCCUGAACAAGCAGCGACUGAGUGGCCUGCUGUGCGAUGUGCUCCUGGUUACCCAGGAUCGGGAGUUCCCAGCUCAUCGCUCCGUCCUGGCGUCCUGCAGCUCCUACUUCCACAAGCUCUUCACUUCAGGGGCCGCAGCCGACCAACAGAACAUCUACAGCAUCGACUUUGUGGCGGCAGAGGCUCUGGGAGCAUUGCUGGACUUUGCCUAUACAGCUACAUUGACAGUCAGUCACAGCAGCGUGGCUGACAUCCUUGCUGCUGCACGCCUCCUAGAAAUCCCACCUGUCCAGGACGUCUGUACACACCUGCUGGACACCAAAGUGCUCUCCCCGCCGGCGGGCAGUGAGCGAAGAGAUGAAGAUGAAGAUGAGGAGGGAAAGAGCAGAGGAGGCAGGGAACAGGGGAACCGGGUGCGGGCCCAGGAGUACCUGGAGUAUUUCCAGAGAGGGGCGCACUGGAGCAGCAGCUGCAGCACGCCAGAGCUCAGGGACCUGCCCGCACACCUGCACUUUAACCACGGUAACGGUGGGGCCCCCAGCAAUGGGGCUCCUGCUGGCCCUGGUGAGUACUACUCCCCCCUGGCCCUCGCCUUGGCCCAGGCCCCCAAACAGGAUCCAGAGGAAGAGGAUGAGGAUGAAGAGGAAGAUGAGGACCGGGAGGCUGUGCAGGGGAACGGAGCAAGCCUGGGGUCAUCUUACUACCCUCCGUCACAGAAUGGGCACUUCUACCUCCCCCCUGAGUCCAGGCUGGGGCCGGAGACAGAGGUGGAGGAUGGGAGUAGAGAUGUGAUGGCGAGGGAGAGGGGUUCUGCCAGCGCCCUCCUGCAGCAGAUGAUGGACUCCAUCGAAAGGCAGAAGGAACGUGGAACGACCGGGGAGGAACAGGGAGACGGGGAUGACCCUGACAUGGAAUUUUACUUGAAUUAUUUUAACAGCACGCAGCACGAGGAUCCAGCUUCUGCUGCUGUGACACAGGGAGUACCGCCGCUCUGGUUAUCACGGGGCAGAACAGGCCAAGACAGAGGAGGAGGAGGAGGAGGAGGAGGAGAGAGGGGGGUGGGAGAGAGAGGCAGUGGGGGUGGAGGAGGAGGAGUUGGAGGUGAGAGGAAGAUGCGCUCUAAGGCCUUCCAGAAAUGCCCCAUAUGCUCCAAGGUCAUUCAAGGAGCAGGCAAGCUACCCCGCCACAUCCGAACGCACACGGGAGAGAAACCGUAUGAAUGCGCCAUCUGCAAAGUGCGCUUUACCAGGCAGGACAAGCUCAAGGUUCAUAUGCGGAAACAUACAGGAGAGAAGCCUUACCUGUGUACGCAAUGUGGAGCCGCCUUUGCUCACAACUACGAUCUGAAAAACCACAUGCGCGUACACACCGGCCUGCGCCCCUAUCAGUGCUCAAGCUGCUUUAAGACUUUCGUGCGCUCGGAUCACCUGCACCGCCACCUCAAGAAGGACGGCUGCAACGGCAUCCCUUCUCGUCGUGGCCGGAAGCCUCGGGUGCGAGAUCCAGGGCUCCUCGAUGCCCCCCUAGGCCUGCUGAGCCCCAGCUCUGACACAGGCCCUGGGCCUCGUACCAUCAGGGGACGGCGGCGCUCAGAGGCAUCCUCGGCGGCAGAGGUGGAGGGGGAUGCUGGAGCCCAUGCACACAGUCCUCAACUGCAGGAGUUGGCAGGGGAGGCAGGGCCCUGAGACUGCAGGGGCGACAAGGACACUGCUGGACACCAUAGUCACUCUGCACCACCUGUGAGACAGGCCAGUGAACAGAGAGGAGAAAAAACAUGCAAAGGCAAACUUUAAAAAAAAAAAAGAAACAACUAACUAUUCCUCUAUAAACCAAAUCAGGGUGUCACAAAAAAAAUCUAAUCUUUAUAUUUCUUUCUCCUUUUACGUUAGGAAAUGGAGUAGACUUGCAAGCACUUGAGUCGGUUUAUCUGUUAAAGAGCAAAGAACGCUUCAAAUCAUGCACCCAUGAAGUCCACUUUCUGGGCCAUUUCUUUCUUUAUAAUAUUAGGGGUUUUAUACAUUGGCAUAUGUGCUUAGGCAAAUGUAUGAUAGAUACAAAGAAACUCAGAGCAACUAUGCAGUUGAUUUAGAUUUUUAUUGGUUUUGUCCUCACAGCCUUCAAGCUCUAAGCAAGGUGUCUAUCAAGCACCUUCUGGCUGCUGUACGGGUGAAGCGAGGACAAAUCCUCCCAGUGAAAACAACUCUUUUUCUAUUCUUUUGCAGGUCUGAAAUGUACAGUUACCAUAGAAACAACAUUGCCACAAUAUGGCAUAUGCAAGGAAAACUCACCACAAUUUUGAUGCAACAGUUUUUUCUCUCUAAAUGUUCCAGAAAGAAUCAGACAAGGGUUUGAUUGAAGUGUUACUUACUCUAUAAAAAAAUGCAUUUUAAGAAUCUAUGAUUUGUCUUAUUGAAAAACAAAUUCAUGUUGAGUCAAAUCCACGUUAUUGGGGGCUCUUCAAUUGCAGGACUAGGGAAUAUGAGGGGUGGAGGGUUUGUGUUUUUAAAGCACUACCAUCGUCAAUGUAUCUGUUGGCUUGACUACGUUGCCUCUUAUCCCUCACAACCCUGCAAUGUCAGCAUUUCUAUUUUCCCUUUUGAUUUUGUCUUAAAUUUUUUUUUGUCGUUCCUUUUAUUGACUGCUUCGGGUACUUGACACUUUAUAAUUGUAUACAUGUAUAUACAGCAGGUGGUGAUAUGACAUUAGUCCCCUCUUAAUGCUGAGGUGUACUUACCAAUCGGGUUUUUCCUCUUAGGCUUGAUGUCAUAUUUCUCACAGAGUGAAGCUUGUGGGUGAUCGAAAAAACCUGUAUGAAUGUUUGAUGAAAAAAAAAAACACAGUCACCCAUUUGUCCUAAACUUAACACUUGACUUGUAUAGUUCCUGCCCAAAGGAUGAGGAGGUUGGAUGAAUGAAUGUGCUUAACUUUGUGCAGUUUUUCGGAAUCUGUCCUUGUGUGACAAGGCGCGGGUAGCAUUUAACCAACCGCAGGUUAAAGGAAUGGCAGGGAGCCCGAGUGAGAGAAUGACAAAGAGUACGAAGAAGAGAUAGAUGAGCACCUUUUUUUCUAUGUUUGCACAGCUUUACUAAAGAUAUCCAACAGAGCAAGAGAGAGGUAUAUUUAAAGGAAGUGGGCUGGUGUUGGGGAGGAGUGAGAGGAGGUUUAUGUAUCAUGCUUAUUCCAAUCUUUUUGCCCAAGGGACCACACAACCGUGAGGCAACCUGUAUGAUGAAGAGAGCAAUAAAUACCUGUCCAAGUUGGGAGGCCAAAUAGGAGCGCAGCUGCAGCUGGUUGAUGGGGGAGGGGAACAAGGGAAGGGGAGGGGGAUCUCACAAUGUCUGUUGCAUUCCAAAAAAUAAUCUCCCCCAGCUCAGCCACGUUUCCAGGCAGGAGGGGAUCAAAUCAGGCCUUUUCUCUCCCUCUCUCUCCCUCUGUAGUCCUCUAAUGCCCCCGAACUAGCCUGGAGGGGAUAUUAUUAUAUUAGAGCCUGGUGUUACUGUGGGUAGGACGCCUGGUGCUGGCAGUUUACUGUGCGAGUGUGUUUAUAUGUACUUGUGUUUGUGUACAUGUGUGUGCGUGGCAGCCGGGGUCGCUCUGGCCACAUCAUCACUGUGUGAGUCAGCCGCAGCCUGUUCAAACAUGCACCCUGAGCUGCCAGCCCCAAUGCACUUUCUCUGUCUCUCACACACAUGCUCACACACAAAUGCACACUCCGCUCACUGAGUCCAGGUAUCCUGUAGAGAAGGGGGAAAACACCAGAGCUGACAUAUCUGUUUGAAUAUUGUAAGUGACUCCAUACAUCUGGAUUUGUUAGUCUUAAAAUAUCCAAAUUGUGUUAUUGUGCUCCAAAUCCAAUGUUAUUUUCCAUACGAGCACAUUGAGCCUUUGAGUCAAGAAGAAGAGAACAUGCGGGUGAUUUAGAGCCCCCCCUCCUCCUCCCCGCCCUUUAUUUUCUGCAGUAGCUAUCAGUCCUCUGCACCUUAAUUGGAAAGAGACAGGUUAUGAAUGCACUUUGUUACUGAGGAGGGCACUUUUGUCAACAAAACGGGUACUUUAAACAAACCAGUUGCAAAUGAGAUCGGUCCUUUCUUCUGUCCAUGGUGGUGAAGUUGAGCUCCUCCACUGGUUUUGUUCAGGUUUUGACGACAAGCUGCCAAAAAAACAAGAAAUAUGGAUCUCUGAAAGAGAUGCCGGGUGAGUUCAGAUACAAACAUGUUGGGUUUUGUGACCUUAAGACAAAAUGAAUCCAUGUAACUGAUCGCACUUGAAGUCACUGAAAUCUAGUGAGUUGUCUUUAUGUCUUAAUGUAAAGGAAGGGGCUAGAAGCAGGAGGCAGACAAAGAAGAAAAGGCACUGUGUGUGUGUGUGUGUUCGUAUGCAUGCAUGCAUUUCUUUUCGUGCAUGUGCACAAGCGUGUAUAGCUGGUUGGCAGGCUGGAGGGUCUCAGGACAAGCUUGGAUAAACAAACUUUGUGUCUGCCCCAUCUGUUCACCAGCUACUCUCAUAACUACACGUGUUCUCCGAGGAACCAUGGUGAUAAUAGGUCCACGGUACCGCAGAAGCAAAAAUACCAUAUUGUAAAACAACUCAUUGGACAGUUGCUUGUUUACUUUACGGCUCUCUUGAUGCAGAUUUGCAUAACUCUUUGUUUACCCUUGUUGGUCAUUGUCAGAGGUUGGCUAGGUCUUGAGUGUUUCUGUUUCUAUUUUUGCUUCUCUCUUAUGAUAAAGAUGGGGUUUAUUAAUGCACAGUUUGACUUCCACUGGCAGACCAAUGCAAGCUAGGUAUGUGAUCUUUAUGUAGUUCUUGGUAUGGAACGCUUAAAACCAUUUUUUUCUUGAUGUGGCAGAAGGUAAGACCUGUUUGCCAUCUUAAAUAUAUUUUUUCUUUGGACCUUAAUAUUUCCCCAAAAGUCUUAUGUUGUUUGUUGAUUAACCAAAGGUUUUUGUCCUCAGUCUGAGUCUACUGUAAUGUAGACUAGAGGUAUUGAAAGUAUGGCUAUAAUUUAUCCAGACUGGGCCUCCCCGACUAAGCCACACACUGAUGCCCUCCUCUUGAAUACAUAUGCAGAAUUGUGUGUGAAAUCAUACAGAUAUUUACUUGAGUUUGCUUUCUCUUGCUCUUUGUAUCCUUGUGGACAAUAGAAUCAGAGGUUUAAGGAUGUAUAGUUUUUUCUGUCUGUCUACACUCGUUUUUUCUUAAAAUAACGUGUUGUGCUACAUUUUUUUCUAACAAUUUUACAUGGCUGCGUGUAUGUAUGUAUGUGUGUGUAUGUAUGUGUGGGUUGGGGUCAUGGUUUUGGGUUGCUGUGCCAGGAGGGUGGGAUAAAUGGGUGCUUGGGUGGGGUUAUGGAUAUAAAGCCUGAUAGCACUGGAAAUGGUGCUUUAGCUGAGAGAGCAAAAGUUUGCACUAAUGUUUAAUGUCCUUGUCCUGCUUAUGGGAGAAGGGCAGGAGACCUCAGAAAGGCCUGCGAGUUUCCAUGAGCACAGAGCAGUGUGGUUAAUACUUAAUGGUCUCUUAAAGAGUCCAUCCAACCCCUCCAUAGAAAUAAUAAUGUACAGUAUAUUAAGAAAUAUACAGACGUCCAAUAACAACAAAUACCAAAGGAGAAGAAAUGGCUCGCAUUCACUGCAGUCAUUGGACAUUUUAAGCUACCAAUCUCAUGUUGGAUUACUAGAGUUUUAUUGUAAAAGCUGAAGGCUCUUGAAAAGAGAACUUUUGUUGAACACUAGAAAUGGUGUGAUAGCAGCAAAUCAUAUUUGCUCUUAAGAAAUAUUCCAAAUAUACAACAUUUAGGCACUUAGAAAGUAGCAAAGCCUCUCCGAAACCAUUUGAAAAAUGAGUUUUUUUCCUGGUCUGAUGGCUGAGAUGAACUGUGUGCAGGUGCCAGAGAUAUUGAAUCCAGUCCUUUUUAAAAGUUUCAAGAUUGGAAUUUGUUUCAUAAUCAGUCUAUAUGAAAUGAUAAUGAAAAAUAUUGUUAUUGUUGAACACUGUUAUUUUGGUCGUUUCUGAACUGGAUGGUUUCAUUUUCUGAAAAAGGUUUAAUUGAAUUUAAAUGUUCUCUAGUUGAAGGAGACUGGGACUCUGUGGCCUUGUCUGAGCAGCACUAAGCUUGUUUGUUGUUUUUGUUUGUUUGUUUUUAUAUUUCCAGACAGUUGUAUUGUGCAGUGUGGGGCUGAGGCUCACUCCCACCAGGUAGACAGUGCAAACAUCAAGGGCCACAGUGCCUUACGUGGGCAGGAAAACAAAAAACUCCUUAUUUUUCUUUUUCUUUUUACCCUAAGCACUUUUCUUUCCAUAUUUUAAAAACCAAAUUCCAAAAGAUGAUUGGCUUGCUACUGAAAUUGACCUUUUAGCAGUUUGAGCUUUACUUGAAUUAAUUUACAAUAACGUCCCUGUACUAGCCA